AAGGGAAUGCUCCCAUGGAGUGCAGGAGUCAGCUGGUUGGAUUCCCAGUCCUCUGCUGAGCUGGCAGGGCACAGAGCCUCCUCAAGCACCGCUGCCUCCUCUCCAGGCUUCCUGCACUUCCUUUGCUGACAGGGUCCCAUCAGCCAGGCUGGGGGCAGGCUCAGCUGAUGUUACAAAGCACAAAGAUUUUUACAAAGGUUUCUUCAAAUCCGAAGAUGUUGUCUUGAGCUAAGAGGCUUUGGCUCUUUUUAUUCCAGAAUAAUGUAUCCAGGAUUUUACCCUGUCUAUUUCAAUGCAGCAAUAUUGUCUGCAGAACUUGGGAAGGUCCUGCUUUGGCUGCAGCAGAGCAGUUUCCCCAGCCUUUCAAGUACACCCAAGCUCUUGGUUGGAACUUGUGCACUGCUAUGUUCAGUCCUGUUGGUCUGGAGAUCGCCACUGCUCGCUGUUUGCAGGCAAAUAUCAGAGAGGCAUGGUCCAAGGAAGAGGAAGUGGAGAAAGGCAUUAAAAGUUUGACCUACGUUGAAAGAUUGAAGGAGCGUGUAAAGAAAGUGAAAAUACCAGAGCUCAGGAGAGCCCCAUGCAGCUCUCCAGAUCUUGUGCCUGAGAGGAAGAGAACGAUGCCCACGAACCCUGCCAAAUUCUUCCAGAGACUUUCCAGGACUGUUUCACAACGACCCAUCAGAGACAGGGUGAUUCAUUUACUGGCUCUGAAGAAUUACAAGAAGCCAGAGCUACUUUCCCACUUAGAGAGAGAGGGAGUUGUGGAAAAGGACAAGGAAUCUCUUGGAAAGAUCCUUCAGGAGAUCAGAUCCUGGAGUCACUGCCAGCAAUGCUAACUCUCAGCUGUCUUACUUCAGCAUUUCAAUUGGAAACUAAUGAGAGGCUUGGGAAAUACUCCUGGUUUAGGUUUUUCCAUCAGCUUUACCCAGUUCCCCCCCAAUGGCAAGCCCAUGUGAGGAAAGAAAGAAACCUUCCAAACUUGGGAGGCAUUGUUGUUGUUUUUCUAGAAUGGCUGGCAAUGAUAAAUUUUUUGUAACGUACUUGCUUCUCGUGCCUUUUUGUAAUCCUCUGUCUUUUCCUUGCACUCUUUAACUGCUUCAGGGACUAACUCCACAGGGUGAAAGUCUCAACUGGAUGAAACACUUAGUUAAGGUCCUUAAAAUAUCCUGGGACAAGUUUCAGAGGAGAGAAUUUUGGUAGCUGCCUAGGGCAGUAUUUCACUUGAAGGAUUUGGUGGCCACUCGAUGGUACUUGGCUGCUGCUGGGAUCUGUGGGGAUUGCUUUCCAGGGGAGGGUGUUCCAGGCAAAUCCUCCAUGAUAAGGGUGGUAGCCAGCUUUGAGCACAGGGGUUCUUUGCUGUUAUGUGAUCGAGUCUUCAAAGUCCUUGGCACCUAUUAUUUUUCAGUAACUUUUCCAGGUGUUUGUUUAGUUCCACUGGUAUUUCUUUAUCACUUUAUUUCUUGAUCAUUCCUACAAUUCACAUUGAUGGAAGGAUUCAGUGGCUGUUUCCUUCCUUUUUCAAUAUUCCCCGUCCAUGUAGGCUGUUACUGAAUCAUGCAAGCAUUAGGUAGCAUAUCAUGUAGCAAUAUUUCCUUUUUAGCUAUGAAAGAAGGGAUUAUAGGAUUUCAAAGCUCAGCUCCUUGGAGGGUAAGAGGUAAAAAAAAAAAUUUCUCCUUUCCCUUUUUUCUUGUCAAUGUUUAAGGAGAUUUUGAAGGAGUAUUUUCUUGUUUGCAGUGUGAACUGCCUCAAGGUACUGUUUGCAUUCUGAAAGGGCUGUGUGAACUUCAGCACACAGCACUUCAUCCUGAAAACGAUUAUUCACAUUAUUCUUAGCUUCACAAGGAGGUGGCAUUUUUUUGGGGUAUAGAUGAAAAACCAGUAGGGUGAACUUGCUGAGCGCUUAGACUCCCAGCCUUCCUUUUCUUCCAACACAGCCUUAGUUCUGCUUUUAAGAAGUGAAUUCCUGAUUCUGGGUAUCUUGGUUACUUUUUAGCUGUUGAAAUGUAGCUCUAGGUAGGUUAUGUCCUACAAGUGUUCCAUAGGAAGCUGUAGUUUCCUCUGAGCAAGCACUUGAGAAAGAAAAGCAGUUCUGUUUGCAGAGACAAAUGCCAGCAUCCUGUGGAGCUUCACGGGAUGGUGAAAGCAUGCCCCGUUAGAGGCCCAGGCUGUGCUCUGCCAUGGCAAUGCAGCUGGGUGAAACAAGAGGGUAGCCAGUGUCCUCCUGAGGGUGGAAAAAUAUGGAUUUGCCCAUGGAGAUGAUGUUCUUCAGGUCUUACUCAAAAGAAAAGGAAACAGAAAGGAAAAGCCUGGCCUCUCCUUGUAUUUCAAAUGGUGAAGGUUGAGAGUUCUGGCAUAGGGGACUUUGAUUCUCAAAGCUGUGUUAAAGACCAAAAAACCUGGAACCCUGGUGCAGGGAGAGGUUUUCAUAGCAUCCAUUUCCUCCAUGCUUGCAGCACUUUGGCAUUUACUUACCUCCAAAUUUCUAGAGCCCAAAUGGACCACACCUCUUUAAUAUUGUUACCUCUUACAUGUCAGCUCCUUUGUUCUUCACAUUGAACACAAGUCCAGGAAAACUGGUGCAUGAUUUCUUUUCAGCUUUGCUUUAGCUUUGCAGUACCAGUUUUACAUCUAUAGUCUGCCUUUAGGUGUAAUGAACAUUUAUGUUUUAAAUGUCUGUCCUUAGGCAGCCAACCUGGAUGCAAAUGAGAAUUCUUUCAGCCUGAAGGAACAUUUCUUUAAAGACAUCCAGGAAGAUUGGCCUGGCUACACUGAAAGAGAUAGACAGACAUUGGAGGUGACCCUUUCUCGAAACGGCCUCUGGCUUCUGACUUUCUCAGUCCUGUGAUGGGCAAAAAGCAGAGGAUUGACCAAGAGCCCAGUGAUGUCCAGCCAGCAGCUGGUGGCCACUCUCCUUCUUUCUUGGACCUGCCUUCCACAUCCUGUUCAACUUUCAACCCAUCUCCAAUUGUCAGAUUGAUUUCAACUUCCACCCCGGAAGAACAACAGAAGAAUAAGUUUCAGACACAUUCUGGAUUCCCAGUGUCUGCCAGGGUGCAGGGGAAGACUCCCAAGUCCAAGGGAGAAGAAGCAGAGGUCAGAGGAGCCCAACAGAACAAUCCAGGUCCUGUGCCUGAGAAGAAGAGGAUGGUGUCUGUGAGACUUGCAGACAUCGACUGGAGCGGCUGCGCUGCUGUUUACGGCCGACCCUACAGGGACAGGGUGAUUCAUUUGCUUGCUCUGAGGGAUUACAAGGAGCCAGAGUUACUUGCUCGGCUGCAGAGAGAUGGAGUCAGGCCAAAGGACAAGGACUCCCUUGGAAAGAUCCUUCAGCAGGUAGCCAACCUGAAUGCAAAGGAGAAUUCCUUCAGUCUGAAGGAACAUCUAUUUCAAACCCUUCAGACUGAUUGGCCUGGCUACAGUAAAAUCGAAAGAAAGAGUUUGAAGUUAAUACUUUCUAGAAAAUCAGCUCCAUCUCAGAACCCCACCAGCAGCAGCCAAGCAACAUCUCCAAGGCCUUCUGAGACAGAUGUUCCAGCAAGACCUGCUCAGAAACGGCCUCGGGCUUCUGGCUUUAUCAGUCCUGUGAGGAGCAAGAAGCAGAGAACUGAGCAGUAGCCCAGUUACCUCCAGGCAGCAGGUGGUGGCCGCUCUUCUUCCUGGGUGCUGGCUUUAACAUCCUAUUCUACAGGGAUGUCAGAGCCAUCCCCAUGGAAUGGGAUGUCAAAACCAGCACCCUGCCUCCAAGUCUGGGCUCCAUUUCCCUGCACCCUUUAGGUUAAAAAAAAGACAAAUACUGGAGUUCUAGAAUGCCAACACUUGUGUGGAGGACUGCCAUAUCCAAAAAGAUGUGAAGAGAGCUGGGGAGGCUGAAGCAGUAGUGUCCCUUGGAUUUCAAUGAAGGAUAGCCCCAGCUACUCUGAGGUGAAGAGCAGGUGCCAGCAGCUCCACAAAAAGCUGUCCCACAUUCAGCAAUGAAUAUCUGAAUUUGGCAAGCAGCAAGUCCUGGAGUCCUGGCACCAGUCUUCUGCUUCAGCAAAGGAACAUCUAUGAGCUCCAGCUGUUUUAUUUUGAAAGAAGAUUAGCUUUUUAGGUUUCUUCAAGUUAGUAAUAAGGAGAUGAUUAUUUGUUAAAAAUGUAGGAUUAGUUAGUCUAAGAUUAGAGAAUUUAGUCUUGAUCUUUAGCAAUAAAGAAGUUGCAUUAUUGUUAA